UUCCGUGCGGAAGUGGUGGCCGUGAGGGAAGAAGAUGGCGGCGACUGUGGUGGCGUCGCCUGGUGCGGCAGCUAGUCGGGCCAACAAGCGCGGUGGCCCUGGGCCGGGAAGCGGCAGCGGUUCGGGAGCCAAAGGGGCGGAGGAGGAACCGCCGCCGCCCCUACAAGCAGUGCUGGUGGCAGAUAGCUUCAAUCGCCGCUUCUUCCCCAUCUCUAAGGACCAGCCUCGGGUCCUCCUGCCCCUGGCCAAUGUGGCACUAAUUGACUACACUCUGGAAUUUCUGACUGCCACAGGUGUACAGGAAACCUUUGUUUUUUGUUGCUGGAAGGCUGCUCAAAUCAAGGAACAUUUACUGAAAUCCAAGUGGUGCCGCCCUACAUCCCUCAAUGUGGUUCGAAUAAUUACAUCAGAAUUAUAUCGAUCACUGGGGGAUGUUCUCCGUGAUGUUGAUGCCAAGGCCUUGGUGCGCUCUGACUUCCUUCUGGUGUAUGGGGACGUCAUCUCAAACAUCAAUAUUACCAAAGCCCUGGAAGAACACAGAUUGAGGCGGAAGCUAGAAAAAAAUGUAUCUGUGAUGACAAUGAUCUUCAAAGAGUCAUCCCCUAGCCACCCAACUCGUUGCCAUGAGGACAAUGUGGUAGUGGCUGUGGAUAGUGCCACAAACCGGGUUCUCCAUUUCCAGAAGACCCAAGGUCUUCGACGGUUUUCUUUUCCUCUGAGUUUGUUCCAGGGCAGCAGAGAUGGUGUAGAGAUUCGCUAUGAUUUACUGGACUGUCAUAUCAGCAUCUGCUCUCCUCAGGUGGCUCAACUCUUUACAGACAACUUUGACUACCAAACUCGAGAUGACUUUGUGCGAGGCCUGUUAGUGAAUGAGGAGAUCCUAGGGAACCAGAUCCACAUGCACGUGACAACUAGAGAAUAUGGUGCCCGGGUCUCCAACCUACACAUGUAUGCGGCUGUCUGUGCUGAUGUCAUCCGCCGAUGGGUCUACCCACUCACCCCAGAAUCAAACUUCACUGACAGCACAGCCCAGACCUGCACUCAUUCCCGGCAUAACAUUUACCGAGGGCCUGAAGUCAGCCUAGGUCAUGGCAGCGUCCUCGAGGAAAAUGUGCUUCUGGGUUCUGGCACUGUCAUUGGCAGCAAUUGCUCUAUCACCAACAGUGUCAUUGGCCCCGGCUGCCACAUUGGUGAUAACGUGGUACUGGACCAGGCCUAUCUGUGGCAGGGUGUCCGAGUGGCUGCUGGAGCACAGAUCCAUCAAUCUCUGCUCUGUGACAAUGCUGAAGUCAAGGAGCAAGUUACACUGAAGCCACGCUGUGUCCUUACUGCCCAGGUGGUAGUGGGCCCAGACAUCACGCUGCCUGAGGGCUCGGUGAUCUCUUUGCACCCUCCAGAUGCAGAGGAAGAUGAGGAUGAUGGCCAGUUCAGUGACGAUUCUGGGGCUAACCAAGAAAAAGAGAAAGUGAAGCUGAAAGGUUACAAUCCAGCAGAAGUCGGAGUUGCUGGCCAGGGCUACCUCUGGAAAGCUACAGACAUGAAUGUGGAGGAGGAAGAGGAACUACGGCAGAAUCUAUGGGGACUCACGAUCAAUGUGGAAGAAGAGAGUGAAACUGAAAGUGAGCAGAGUAUGGAUGCUGAGGAGCUGGAUAGCCGAGCAGGCUCCCCACAGAUGGAUGACUUCAAAGUAUUCCAGAAUGAAGUCCUAGGAACACUACAGCGGGGCAAGGAGGAGAACAUUUCUUGUGACAAUCUAGUCCUAGAGAUCAACUCCCUCAAGUAUGCCUACAACAUAAGCCUAAAGGAGGUGAUGCAGGUAUUGAGCCACGUGGUCCUGGAGUUCCCCUUGCAACAAAUGGAUUCCCUGCUGGACCCAAACCGUUACUGUACCCUGCUGCUUCCCCUACUCAAGGCCUGGAGUCCUGUUUUUAGGAAUUACAUAAAGCGUGCAGCUGAUCACUUGGAAGCACUGAAAGCCAUUGAGGACUUCUUCCUGGAGCAUGAAUCUCUUAGUACUUCCCUGGCCAAGGUACUGAUGGCUUUCUACCAGCUAGAAAUCCUGGCUGAGGAAACAAUCCUGAGCUGGUUCAGCCAGAGGGAUAUGACUGAUAAGGGCCGGCAGUUGCGCAAGAACCAACAGCUGCAGAGGUUCAUUCAGUGGCUAAAAGAGGCAGAAGAGGAGUCAUCUGAAGAUGACUGAAGUUGCACCGCCUGCUCCUAUGGGUCUGGUUGAUACCCCUCCUGGCUUCUGGGCCAGAGCAAAUGAGAGGCUAGUUGCAGAAGGAUAAGUGAUCGCCAUCCAAGCUGAGACUUAACAGGAGCAGAAGCUGGAACUACAGUAUUCUUCCCACCGCCAGCAACCAUGUGCCUCCCAUCCUGACUGGGGAGUUGGGAAAAGGGAAGGUGGGCUGGAACAAAGCUCUGCCUGAAGAGGAGCAAAGCAGACCCUUCAGUCAGAGGAAGCCCAGAGGAACAGUUUUAUGCUCUGGCUUUCCCUUAGGGAACAGCAGAGAGCAGCUGGACCUUUCUGCUGCUUGUAUUUGUUAAUAUUAAAAAAAAAAAAAGAGAGAGAGAGGGAUGUAUUUGGUUUCUCUCCAACUCUGACUGAUCAGCUCUUAAAAUAGGUGACCAAAGAGUUCUGAACCUGGCAGCUUUUCUUUAACACCUGGGAGAGUGGGAGAAGAGGGAUGUUAUUGCCACUAGGUGGUACUGUGGUGCCUUGCUAACUGACCAUUGCCUUGGCUCAAGGGUAGUGAAAGGCCUAGAUUCUUUUCCACCCUCUUGUGGUCUGGAGUAGUGUUCCUGAGCCUAUUUCCAUAGAGAGUCCUAAUGCACUUUCCUGCCAGAGGGUGAUGAUCCAAACAUACGUAAAGUCCCUUAACCAACUGCUAUGCUUUGUGCAGUACAAUUAUCAGGUAAGCUGUGAUAUUCAGCAUCUUAAAGAUAAGGAAGUUUGCUUAAGGUUUCAAGACUCUUGAGGAGUAAAGCUAAGGACUUGAAUCUCAUAAUUCUUUAUGAGAAUUCUUUAUGUUUCAGCAUAUUCAGUGUCUCAGUGAAAGGAAAUUGCCUCCAGAGGUAAAUAUAAUCCCAAGCCAGCAAUGAAUAUCCUAAGAACAGAGAAAGACCCUAUGAAAUGGCUUUCCUCUAGUAUUGUUUACUGUAUGAUAAA